AUGGCGGGCUGUUUGCGAAUAUUUACAAACUCGAUUCCAUUAAGCAUAUUACCGGUCUUGCGCCCAUCUUCAACUCCAAUCUUGCCAUCUCUUUGCCGCCCUGGAUUUCUCGCGCGAAAGACCUCAACAGCCAACAACCAUCACAUUGAGUAUAACUGGAUCAGGGGUGUAGAGAAACUUGAAAAAUAUCGACCCGGAGGUUACCAUCCUAUUAACAUCGGAGACGUGUUAAAUGGCAGAUACCACAUUGCGGACAAACUUGGUUUUGGGGGCUAUUCGACGGUGUGGCUUGCUCUAGAUACGCGUCUGAAGCAAUAUGUUGCAGUCAAGGUUAAUAUAGCAGACUCGCUUCCGCGUGAGACGACGGCUCUCAAGGCUCUAUCUGCACCUGUUAUAUCGUCCUCGUGCGCACACCCCGGACCUGAUUCGGUGCCUGUUUUCCUAGAUGAAUUUGAAGUGCAAGGCCCGAAUGGAAGACAUAUGUGCUACACAGUGACCCCGGCACAAUGCAGUCUCCGCGAAAUUUCCUUUAGCCGUCUUUUCUCCAUUGAUGUUGCUAGAGCACUGUCAUAUGGAAUUGCACAAGCCGUUGCUUAUACGCAUUCUCGAGGCUAUGUUCACGGAGAUAUACAUCUAAGCAACGUCUUGCUCAAGCUGCCAUCAAGUUUCGAUGGCCCUUCCAUUAAGCAAUUUUAUGAAAAGUACGGCGAGCCCGAGACCGUCCCUGUCACACGGUGUGACGGGGAACCAUUACCUCCCAAUGCACCAGCCAAGGCAGCAGUGCCGAUAUUUCUAGGGAAGUACGCAGAGGAAGUCGCGUUAUCAGACGUGCACCCUCUUCUUAGUGACUUUGGCGAGGCGUUUUCACCUGCUUCAGAGCAUCGUCUCGGGCAGGACUGCCAUACGCCGCUCGCGUUUCGAGCCCCAGAAGCCAAAUUCGAACCGCGGGCCCCAAUUGCAUAUCCCUCGGAUAUAUGGAGCCUGGUCACAGCAAUAUGGGAGAUCAUGGGGAUGAAGGCCAUUUUUAGCACUGAAUUCGUACCGGAGGAUGAGAUCGUGGCGCAACAUAUCGAUGUACUUGGACCGAUGCCUUCGGAGUGGUGGCAGCGCUGGAAGGGACGACGGCAAUUUUUUGACGAGGAUGGACGUCCAACAGAAUCUUACAGGGACAACAGAUGGCCUCCGCUUCAGGGGUCAUUUGAGGACGGCGUGCAGAAAUGGAGACGGAAAAUGGGAGAGGAGCUGGGGGAAAGCGAGAAAGCUGCAUUUCUGGAUUUGAUGCGCCGAAUGCUGGCAUUCCGGCCGGAGGAGCGACCAACGGCUGAAGAGGUGCUACGGUCGGAGUGGAUGGUCAAAUGGGCAUUGCCUGAUUAUAAACGGAGGUGA